UCAUUCACAAUUAGUCAGAAGAUUCUUCCAGACGAACGACAUUCGUUAAGCUGCGGUUUGCGUAUUCCGAUAUAGUUUGACUUUUGGUGAAAGGUAGGUGUAGAAUCUGCGAGGAUCAUGCAAUUUCCUCUUGAAGGUCAUCGAUGGUGCGUUCUUACUUAGGUACCUACCCAGGCACCUAUGGUAGGUGUCGUUUGUCGAGGUCCGAAUGGCUAUGCGGGAUUUCUGCUGACCUAAGGUAUAGAAGAAGUCCAUUACGUUGAAGAAACAAAAUGUCUUUCAAUCCCUCAUCACCUAUGAGGUCGCUCUUCUUAACUGAGGGCGUCCUCAAGCUUAUCGGCGGAUCGAUAUUCAUGAUUUCACCUCAAACACCCUUGUCGGUCGCAGUCGGUGCUCCAAUCCCACCAUCAGCCCUUCUCCUAACUCGACUUUUGGGUACACAGACGUUUACGUUAGGCUUGUCAAUGCUUCUCGCAUCCUCAAGAACACCAAAAGCUGUGCCAAGCAGACGAAUCGUAUAUUGGACAAUAUUUGCAAGAGAUGCCACCUUGAUAACAGUGCUAGCGCUUCAGUUAUGGUUUGGUGAUAAUACCGAAGCUCUGGGUUUCUCGCCGAAAGGAUUACGCGCGUGGCUUGCGGAGCUGAUGCCCUUUUGUCUCGGCCAUUUAUGGAUUCUCAUUACUAAGCCACAUUGGUUCUGAUACUGGCAACAAUCUAUCCUGCCGGCUUGCUACACGGGUUGUUGAUUCGUAUUCAAGAUAAAAAGGUUAUGAUUAGUAAAGUGUACAUCUGAUUCCCCUAUUUGCCCAAUUUCCCGAAAUACGACCUAGGAUAUACGGGGAGAUUAAGAUGUACCCUUGCGUGUAGAGCUAGAUUCCGAAUUGUAUGAGGUUUGUAAAUUUAAAAUCCAGGCAUGACAACUUCCUCCGGAAUUCGAGGAGUUCUUCAAUUCUAUCGACUCACCCAAGACCGCCAGACAUGAACACGAUAGAGCACCUCAGAACUCUUUAAAUCAUGUGGAUGAAAGCUUAAUCACCCUGAUUCGUCUAUGUGCCGAGUCUGAGUGCGCGCUAUUCCGAUC